AUGGAACAGUCCCCUUCUGAGAUAUACCACUGCAGGAGUGGGGAAGUCAGGAAGGUUCAUAAGGUACCAAAGGUGUCAGUGUCCUUCGAGGACAUGACCGUGGACUUCAGCAGAGAGGAGUGGCAGCACCUGGACUCUGCUCAGAGGUUCCUGUACCAGGACAUGAUGCUGAAAACUACAGCCACCUCCUCUCUCUCACUGGGCAUGCACAGCUACCCUGUGAAUCUAUGA